UGACUGGGAUCACAUGACCGCCUGGAGCCGCUCCCGGCAGGGGGUGGGGCAUCAAGGGAUUUGUAGCCGCCUUACUGCAAGAAGGACAGGGAAGUCGCUGUAUGGAAAAAAUGACAAAUAUAUUUGUGUAUGGAACACUGAAGAGGGGACAGCCAAAUCACACAGUAAUGACAUGCUAUAAACAUGGAAAAGCUGUUUUUAAAGGAAUGGGUAAAACAGUAGAAAAAUACCCACUGGUGAUAGCGGAGGAAGCCAACAUCCCAUUCUUACUAAACAUUCCAGGAACAGGGAGACGUAUUAUAGGAGAGAUAUACUCCGUUGAUGACUCUAUGCUACAAUUCCUGGAUGAUUUUGAAGGCUGCCCAAACUGGUACCAACGUACUUCUCAGGGCAUCGAAAUAUUAGAGUGGGACGGUACAGACGAUUCACCAGAGGAGAGACCAGCUGUUAAAAGUAUCAUUACCUGCUUUCUCUAUAGCACAACCUGCUACCAGCCCCAUUGGCUUCAGCUUCCCUAUCAUAAAUGCUACGAUACCUUUGGCAACCAUGGUCUACCUUAUCUUAAGCACCGUGACAUAAACUAAUGCUGCACACAUCAGUGCUAGACAGAAGCAAAGAUUAUCCUAAAGGGGCAGUUCACCUUUAAAUUAAUUUUUAUUAUAAUGUAGACAGUGAUAUUCUAAGACAAUUUGCAAUUGGUAAUUUUUAAUUGUAAUUUUUUAAAUAUUUAGCUUUUUAUCUAUUUUUUUUUCAGAAACAGACCAGUUUGGAAUUCCAUAGCACCCAGAGAGUAGUUGAGGCCCGAAUAGAAAGUUAAGUAGAAACAACAAUAAAAGAGCUUUCGGCUGACAGGAUUAGUGACCCCAUAUUGAAAGCCAAUUUAAAAUCAUUUAUUUAUAUAGCACCAUAACACCAGCAACUUACCCAGCACUUUCCAUGAAUUUAUAAAAAAAAAAACAACAGGGGUCUUAGUAUAAUUUAAGAAACAAGGGUUACAGAGUAAAGAUAGGAUCAGAGGGCCCUACAAGCAAGAGAUUGCAAUCUAAAGGGUUAGGGUACAUUUGAAAAUGUGAAAACAAUUGGUGAUUUACCCAAGAUACAUUGAAUAAGUUUCUCUUAACAGAUGGGUCCUUAGGGAGCUUUUGAAAGUUUGAUGUAAUGCUAAAAAUGAAGAUGAAUUCAGGUGUUACUAGUGAGACAUUCUAUAACAUAUGAAAAGUUACUGAACUACCCCUUUAAUAUCUUACUAUUUGCAACUUUUCUAAUAUUUAUUAUGUGACAAAACAGCAAAAAUUCCAAAUCUAAAAAUACUCUAUCUAAUACCUGUCAAGAUGAUGUAGAAGUCAAUGGCAGUCGAGGUUAUCAUACGAAAAAGUUGGGGUUUUUGCAGCUUUUUUUGUUUGUGCUUUUUCAGUUCAGCUCUUUUGAUAAAUAGUUUUUUUGUGGUUGCAAACAAAUGUAAAUCUGAAAAAAUGAGUUUUAGUAUAUCUGCCCCUAAGUGAGGACAGUAAAACUGAACUCUCAGAGCCGUAACUAUUUAUGUCAAAUGAUGUGGGUUGGGAACAAAUCCAUUUCUCAGGAUUUAGUGGUUUUUAACCUCUAUGCAAAUGUUAAUGCAGCUGCUGGACAUUUGUACAUAACCUGCACAGCAUAAACACAUUAAUCAGCAGAAAGCCAUAAAAUAAGGCCCAAUCUAGUGCCCUUGCAUUUGUUUAAAUCAAAAUGAAUGGAAUCAUGUUAAAUAAUGACUUAACCGGGCACUCACUUCUAUUAUAACUAUCAACUGAUAUUAAAAUCUUGGAAAUCCUGCUUAUAAUAGCUUUUAUUAUUUUUCAUGCAUAAAAUAUAUGAAAUGGU